AGCCCAGUACAUCCAGAUGAGAAAGUACCCAGCCCAGACAAGGUGGACGAAAAAGAACCAAGCCUGAUUAAGCCUGAUGACAGAAAAUCAAGUCUCAUUACGUCGGACGAUAAAGCUCCCAGCCCAGUACAUCUCGAUGAGGAAGUACCCAGCCCAAACAAGGUGGAUGAAAAAGAGCCUAGUCCAGUUCAACCAGAUGAGAGGAAACCAAGUCUCAUCACGCCAGAAGGAAAGGCUCCUAGCACAGUACAUCUCUUUGAGAAAUUACCCAGCCCAGUCAAGCCAGAUGACAAAGAGCCUGGUCCAGUUAAGCCUGAUGACAAAAAACCAAGUCUCAUCACGACAGAAGAAAAGGCGCCCAGCCCAGUACAUCUCGAUGAGAAAGUACCCAGCCCAGUCAAGCCAGAAGACAGAGAUCCUAGUCUAGGUAAACCUGAUGAGAGGAAACCUAGUCUCAUCACGUUAGGAGAAAAGGCACCCAGCCAAGUACAUCUCGAUGAGAAAGUACCCAUACCAGUGAAGAUAGAUGACAAAGUAGAUGAAAAAGAAUUAAGUCUUUCUGAGACUGAUGAAGACCUUUCUAGCAUUAUAUCUGUAGAAAAAAUUAGCAAAGUCCCUGAUCAGGACUCUGACAAACUUAUAGAUGACAAAUUUAGUCCAAGUAAAACUUUUGGCACUGUUGAAGUGGAUAGUCAAAAAUUGGUUGAAAAGGAAGAAAAUGAAGAUGGUUUUAUAGUCAUAGAUAAACAUUCUCUUAAAGACAUACACGUAGCUCCUGAAAGUUAUACUAAAAUAAGCCCAAAGGAGGAAAUUGAAAUAGAAGCGGACGAAAUAAAUAAAACAAUAGUCACCAUCGAUGAGAAAUCAUUAGCAUUCAAAAUUUCUGAUGCCAUUCUCAGCAAAGUUCCUGAAAAAGAACCUAGUUCAGAGAAAGAGGCUCAGAUAACGGAUGAUGUGGAUCAAGGUACUAGUAUUAAAGAUGACCUGCUCCACAGUACAAUAACAAAACAACUUACGGGUUUGAAGGAUGAGAGAGAACAACCCGAUAAUGAAGUAUCUAGCCCCGAUCUUGUAUCUGAUGCGAGCCCUAUACAAGACAGUCUUUUGAUGACAAAUAUAGAAAAAGAUGACAUUUACCUAGAAAAAGAUAGCAAACAGAUCGUUUCUGACAAAGAUAUAUAUAUCACCGAGAAAGUAGAAAAAACCCUUGAACUAAUAACCAAUAAAUUGAUAACAGAUGAAACUGAAAUCAAGGAGACUACUGAACACCAUUUACGGACAAGUGAUGAACUGGUUAUCAAUACAAAACAAGAUUUGAAGAUGGAACUACAACUCGGUGAAAUCACACCAAAAGAUAUCAUUUCUAACAAACUUGAUAACAAGCAAGUUGAUUUAGAAAAGGAUAUACAUCACAUCAAAGACGAAGAAAAAACAAUCGAUGGUGAGCACCAAGACGUAAAGAUUGACGAUAUGCCUGAUGAGGAAGCACCUAGCUCAGUCAAGCCUGAUGCGAAGGCACCUAGCCCCGGCAAGCCUGACGAGAAAGUGCCUAGCCCAGUCAAGCCUGAUGAGAAAGCGCCUAGCCCAGUCAAGCCUGAUGCUGAAAUACCUAGCCCUGUUAAGCCUAGUGAGAAGGCAUCCAGUCCUAUCAAGGCUGAUGAGAAAAAGACUACAGAUGACAAGUAUGAUGAGAAGGUACCAAGCCCAGCCAAGCCUGAUGAGAAAGCACCUAGCACAGUCAAGCCUGAUGAAAAAACACUCAGCCCAGUCAAACUUGAUGAGAAGGCACCUAGCCUACUCGAGCACGAUGACAAAAAAACUGCAUUUGACGAGCUUGAUGAUAAAGCAUCCAGCCCAGUCAAGCUUGAUAAGACGGCACCCAGUCUUAUCAAGGCUGAUGCAAAGGAGACUGCAGAUGUCAAGUUUGAUGAGAUAGCGCCUAGCCCAGCUAAGCCUGACAAAGAAGCACCCAGCCCAGUCAAGCCUUAUGACAAAGAAACUGUAGAUGACAAGCUAAUUGAGGAAGCACCCAGGCCAGUCAAACCUGAUGAGAAGGUUGCUAGCUCAAUCAAGCCUGAUAACAAAGAAACUACAGAUGACAAGCUACAUGAGAUAGCACCCAGCCUUAAGGCACCUAGCUCUAUUAAGGCUGAUGAAAAAUUGACUGCAGAUGACAAGCUAAAUGAAAAGGCACCUAGCCCAGUCAGGCCUAGUGAAGAAGCACCCAGCCCUAUCAAGGCUGAUGAGAAAGUGUCUGCAGAUAACAAGCUUGAAGCAAAAGCACACAGCCCAGUCAAACCUGACGAGAAGGCACCCAGCCCUAUCAAGGCUGAUGAGAAGAAGACUCCAGAUGACAAGCUAGAUGAAAAGGCACCUAGCCCAGUCAAGCUUGAUGAGAAAGCACCCAGUCCUAUCAAGAGUGAUGAGAAAGUUUCUGCAGAUGACAAGCUUGACGAGAAAGCGCCUAGCUCAUAUAAGCCUGAUGAAGACGCACCGAGCCCAGUCAAAGUUGAUGAGAAGGUGGCUAGCUCGGUCAAGCCUAGUGAGAAGACACCUAGCCCAGUCAAGCCUGACGAGAAGGCACCCAGCCCUAUCAAGGCUGAUGAGAAGAAGACUCCAGAUGACAAGCUUGAUGAAAAGGCACCUAGCCCAGUCAAACCUGAUGAGAAGGUGGCUAGCCCAGUCAAGCUUGAUCUCAAAGAAACUAAGGAUGACAAGCUAGAUGAAAAAGCACCCAGCCCAAUCAAGCCAGACGAGAAGGCACACAGCCCUAUCAAGGCUGCUGAGAAAGCGACUAGCCCAGCUAAGUUUAAUGAUGAAGCACCCAGCCCAGUCAAACCUGAUGAGAAGGUAGCUAGUCCAGUCACGCCUGAUGAGAAAGCACCCAGCACAGUUAAACCUGAUGAGAAGGAAAUAGUUGACGACAAGCUUGACGAGGAGAUGGCUAACUCAGCUAAGCCUGAUGCAAAAACACCCAGCCUAAUCAAACCUGAUGAAAAAGCACCCAGCCCAGUCAAGCCUGUUGAGAAGGCACCCAGCCCUGUGAAGGAUGAUGAAGAGACACCUAGUCCCGUCGAGCCUAAUGAGGAAGCAUCCAUUUCAGUCAAGCCUGAUAAGGCAUCACCUAGCCCUGUCAAAGUGGAUGAGAAGGAAACUGCAGAUGACAAGAUUAACCAAAAAGUACCUAGUCCAGCAAAGCCUGAUGAGAAGGUACGCAGCCCAGUAAAGUUUGAUGAGAUGAAGACUGUAGAUGGCAAUCAGCAGAAAGUACCUAGUUCCUUCAAAUCUGAUGACAAGCCCGCAACUGACACGGUUGAUGAGAAAGAGCCCAUAGGUGACCAAUUUUGUGAAAUGACGCUCAGUACAGACAGGACCGAUGAAAAAAUUAUAAAACCAGUAAAACUUGACUUGAUCUCUAGUUUCAAACCAAGCCCAGCUGAAUCAGAUGAAGAAGUUCUCAGUCCCGCUUUAGUAGAGGACACUGAACCACUUACCAAAAAUUUUGAUAUCUUCGAAAAGCAAAUUUCGGAACAUCUAGAAUCUGGUCUCGACAUUUCUGUAGAUAAAGGUUUGUCUUUAUUAGAAAGUGAUACAACGAACGCUAUUGAUGAAAUACAAAUUGAGGAACAGCUUAAUGGCUUUGAACCAAUAGGUGAAACAGAAGAAGAUACAACAUCACAAGUAGUAACAGUCACCGAACAUGGUAUUAUCAUAAUUAGAAAAACAACAAUAACAACUGUAAUACAGGAAUAUACUAAUAUAAAUAAGACAGUGUUCAAAUACAAAAUAACAGUAAUUUCAUUAGAGGCCGAUGAACUACCCGACGGCACAAAAUUUAGUAGAACGUUCAAAGAAGUUUCUGUUGCAGACACAAAACCUAAAAAGAGUACGGUUAAAAUUGAAGUAAAGGAACCAACGCCAGUUACAGAUAUCAACCUCUUAUUGCCCAGCCCUGAUACGUACGAUGGUACAGAACAUAGCCCAGUUGAAUCUAUUACUAAGGCAACUAGGUCUGCCAAGCCUGAUAAGAAGGCACCCAGCCCAGUCAAAGCUGAUGAGAAGGCACCCAGCCUAGUCAAAGCCGAUGGGGAGGCACCCAGUCCCGACAAGCCUGAUGAUGAAGAAGUAGUAGAUGACAAGCUUGAUGAGGAGGUGUUAAGUACAGCCAAACCUGUUGAGAAAGCACACAGUCCUGUCAAGGCUGAUGAGGAACCACCCAGCCUAGUCAAGCCUGACGACGGGGAAGUAGAAGAUGACAGGCUUGACAAGAAAAUAUCUAGUCCAGCAAAACCUGAUGAAAAAGCACCCAGCCCAGUCAAGCCUGAUAUGAAGGCACCAAGCCCAAUCAAACAUGAUGAGGAGACACCCAGCCCUGUCAAGCCUGAUGAGAAGGCACUUAGCCCUGUUGAGGCAGAUGAGAAGGCACCCAGUCUAAUUAAGCCCGACGAGAAGGCACCGAGCCCAGUUGAACCGGAUGAGAAAACGCCCAGCCCAAUCAAGACUGAUAAAAAGGCACCCAGUCUAAUCAAGCCUGAAGAGUCGGUCAAGCAUGACGAGAAGGCACCCAGUCCAAUCAAGUCCGACGAGAAGGCACCUGGCCCAGUUAAGGCCGAUGAGAAGGCACCCAGUCCAAUCAAGCCUGACGAGAAGGAACCGAGCCCAGUUGAGCCGGAUGAGAAAACACCCAGCCAAGUCAAGGCUGAUGAAAAGGCACCCAGUUCAACCAAACCUGACGAGAUGGCACCGAGCCCAGUUGAGCUAGAUGAGGAAACACUCAGCCCAGUCAAGACUGACGAGAAGGCACCUAGCCCAAUUAAGGCAGAUGAAAAGGCACCCAGUCCAAUCAAGCCUGAUGAGAAGGCACCGAGCCCAGUUGAGCCAGAUGAGAAAACGCCCAGCCCAGUCAAGACUGAUGAAAAGGCACCCAGUCUAAUCAAGCCUGCAGAGCCGGACAAGCCUGACGAGAAGGCACCUAGUCCAAUCAAGCCCGACGAGAAGACACCUAGCCCGGUUAAGGCAGAUGAAAAGGCACCCAGUCCAAUCAAGCCUGACGAGAAGGCACCUAGCCUGGUUCAGGCCGAUGAGAAGGCACCUAUUCUAAUCAAGUCUGAUGAGAAGGCACCAAGUCUAAUCAAGCCCGACGAGAAGGCACCUGGCCCAGUUAAGGCAGAUGAAAAGGCACCCAGUCCAAUCAUGCCUGACGAGAAGGCACCUAGCCUGGUUCAGGCCGAUGAAAUGACACCCAGUCCAAUCAAGCCUGACGAGAAAUCACCCAGCCCAGUAAAGACUGAUGAGAAGGCACCCACUCCAAUCAAGUCUGAUGAGAAGGCACCGAGCCCAGUUGAGCCAGAUGAGAAAACACGCAGCCCGGUCAAGACUGAUGAGGAGGCACCCAUUCUAAUCAAGCCUGACGAGAAGGCACCUAGCCCAGUUAAGGCAGAUGAAAAGGCACCCAGUCCAAUCAAGCCUGACGAGAAAUCACCCAGCCCAGUCAAGACU